CCCUGUGUAAACUAGCGGAACGGUUUACUGAUGCGUGAAACGGGCGAAUCAAACUGAACCCAAUAAACGAGGGUGGAUUGUGCAUGACAAUAAGCAGUGUAAACACUUCUGAAAUAUAUUUAUGUUGUUUGACGUACGAUGAAUUGUGUUGGAGAAAACACGUUUUCGUAGACGUCAAAGAAAAGGAUACCAAACGAAAUACACCUGUUUGACGCCAGUUCUCUUCGGGUACUUCAACGAUAGCCACGAAGAUGAGUACAAAGUCGAACGUGAUGUACCGGUGCCAGGUGUUCUAUAUCGGAAGUUCAAAGCCCGCAGUGGACCGGAAAGGAGUCGAGGCACUUCAGGCUCCCCUAAAGGAGAGAUACCGUGGGAGCGUAUCGAACGUGGAAGGAUAUGACGUCACAGUGACAGUUACACCGGAUGUGGUUCAUGUGAACUACGCGAAUAACACCGAGCCGGCCUUUAGUCUACCAAUAUCUACUCUAACGAUUUGCGCGGCCGUGAGAUGUGUGGAAAGCGCCACAGAUUUACAAACCACGAAAUUCGUGCCCGUACAUUCGGUCAUCACGGCCAACGAGCCGGACUCGGACCAUCCGGCUAUCUACGCCACCGUCAUGAGGCGUCAGCGCGGCAACACGGACCCGCUUCUGUGUCAUGCGUUCAUCUGCAACUCGACGCGUGACGCUCUGCACCUCGUGAACGCAACUCAGACGGCACAUACAGCGCAGCGGCGCGGCUACGAUUCCUCUGGGGCCAUGAAGUUUUUUAUUGACCAGUCAACGGAGUUCGACAAGACGCUGCGUGUCAACCAGACCACUGCCUGGAAGACGCCGGAGUCUAAGAAGAUAUACAUGUACCAGGAAGAUUAUGAUACACGUAUUUAUAACACAGACACGAAAACGUUCGUCACAAACAUCGACACAACGGACGUGCGACGUUCAGCUCACGUGUCACGAGCGUACGAGUAUGACAAUGUUGACGUCAACAUUGUCAACGGAGAUGGACACACUAAUACGUAUUACGUGAAAGCCGGAGACUAUCGCGCACCAACACCGCCUCCCGCAGUGGAAUCUCAGACCGUACUCGUAAAGGCGCACGCGGAAAUGGAACGCGCACCUACACCUCCCCCGCAGCAAACAAUAAUUGUCGACAAACCUGUAAUCACUCAGCGGGGCCCGGUAGAAUAUCCGAAACCUAAAAUCAUUGAGCGACCUGUUUAUAUUGAUCCUCCGGCGCCACCAAAAAUGGAGCCUCAGGUGAUUUAUGUCGACAAGCCUGUGUUUAAGGAGAUGAGAUGGCCCGACCCUCCAAAGCCCCAAGUUAUAGAGCGACCAGUUUACAUUGACCCACCACCCCCGCCCAUCCAAGAGGCACAGAGGAUUAUUGUGGACAAACCAAUUGUCAAGGAGUAUCCUAAGCCUCCGACUCCACCGUCACCAAUAAUCCAAGAAAACCAGGUCUACAUAGACCCACCAGCGUGGCCUCGACAGGCACCACAGAAGAUUAUUGUAGAUAAGCCGAUUUUGCGACCCAUUGGUCCAGCUCCUCCGCCACCCGCCCCGGAAAUCGAGGAGCGUCCGGUGUACAUCGACCCACCAGAAUACCCGAAACAACAGCCGCACAGAAUCGUCGUAGAAAAACCCGUAUUUAAUGCUCCGAAACCAGCCCCUCGACCACCGACGCCUGAAAUCGUGGAAAAGAAGAUCUUCAUUGAUCCACCGCCUUAUCCGAAGCAGGAGGCUCAGAGAAUCAUUGUUGAGAAGCCGAUCAUUCGAGAUCCCGGACCGCCCCCGGCCGCCCCAAAACCCAUCAUCAUAGAGAAGGUCGUCUACAUCGAUGGACCCAGAUACCAGCAGCAGGAACCCCAGAGAAUCAUAGUAGAGAAGCCCGUGCUGCGUGACCGCGGCCCGCCCCCACCCCCACCUCCACCAAUAAUUAUUGAAAAGAUUGUGUACAUCGACCCACCACCGUGGCCGGUGCAAGAGCCUCAACGGAUCAUUGUGGAAAAGCCAGUCCUUCGUCAGCGCGCUCCACCUGUAAUUCCAAAGCCAAUAAUUAUCGAGAAGCCAGUCUACAUCGAUGUCCCGGAACAACCUAUGCCUGAGCCGCAGCGAAUCGUUGUCGAGAAGCCUGUUAUGCGAACAACGUACGGUGUGUCGGAAACGCGCCGUAUUCCUUCCGCCUACAGCUACCAUUACCAGAGCAAGCCGUCAAAUGUACGUUCCUCGUAUGUCAUUCGGUCGAGUGAGCCACCGCGCGGUCUGAGGCGUUACGCAUGGUCGGAGGUCGGGGAGGACCAGACACGGCGACAAGACUUUGGCAGCGAAGCGGGUUACAGGGUAUACGGACAACCACGUGACUUUCGCUUCCGUGAAAACCAGUUCAUGAACGAACGCAACUUUGGACGAAGCAUUAACCAGGAGUUGCGUAGGUCCCACGCCAACUCAUACACGUACGGUGGGGCGUACAAGGUUACCCAGCGGAGGGACUCGGUGAGUAGCUAGGCGCAGGGUGACUCACUGUGAUCGGCGUUCAUUUGGAUUGCAUGGAGCGCAGUUUCCAGGCCCGUCUUAUUUGUGUUACAAGUGCAUCUUGUAAAUAAGAAUAUAUUCUAGAUUUGUAUUGAUAUUAUUUAGAGAUGACAAAUUGUCUGUUUAAAUUGUUAAACGUAGGAUUCAGUGAAUAACAUUCAUUUUUAAACGCGAGACAAGUUAUAUAUUUGUUUGAGAUAUGUAUACAAAUGUCUAUGUUUGUUUCAUUGCAUUUCCCUUAGUCAUUUUCAUUUUCAUGAAAUAUUUUGCAACUUAAGUUGUAUUCCUGCAUUCUUAGCACGUAAACAUAUAUAAUAUUAGUUAAAUCUCAUACUCGUUUGAUUGCAGUUAUAUCAUAUGCCCUACUAAUAUAUAUAUAUAUAACAGAAUGUGUGUACUAACGCGUGUUAACUUUGUUCGUUUUUACUUGUAGGCCCACUAACCAUAUAAAGAGAGCACAAUCGCCCUCUUCCCCCUGAGAAGUGCUUCCCGUUCCAUUUCGAUUGCCUACCUGGAAAACACUACUUAUUAAUGUUAGGUCUAGUUAUUACUGCAAUUCCCACCUUGACACUUAUAUUAUCCUUUAAUCUACCCAGUGCAUACCCCAUAACACGUUUUCGUUCGCUAACAAUUAACAUAGAUAAGUAGAAUGCAUGAGAAACAAGCAACCCUUAACCUUUUAUUUGCCCGUUUCAAACUGGGCUGAUUAUGGGAACAUCUGCGGCAAACUAAAAUCAUCGCACGGACCUCAUUAUUUAUGUUGCUUUAAGACCUCAUUUCUUAAUUCCUUGCGUUUAUCUUAUUAUAUAAAAAAUUAUAUAAAAAACUAGGAGUUUUCCUGUGGCAUAUUUUGAGUAAAUAAGACAAUUUUAGCAAGUGGAUUGAGCUUGUUUGGUACUAAAGAACUAUUUCGGUCUUUCAUUUGUUUCCUUUGAUUGUUUAAUAGAUAUUUACUAAUUGAUUACGUCGUGUCAAGCAUGUAACUUGAAUUUUGUUACUAUUGAAAAAGCUCUAGAAUGUAUCAAAUAUCUUCGGUUUUUGCUCUCAUCGCAAUAUUAGUUUAUUGAUAAACAAGCUUAAGAAAUUAAAAACUACAAUUUCACAGUUCAUUAAAAAUGUAUGGAUUGAUAAAUCAAAAUGUCGUUUCACUUUGCUUUGUUAUAUGUGCAAGUGUAUUAGAAUGAUAUGAUAUAAAUGUUCGUUAUAUAGAUAUGAAUUGAGAAAUAUACAUUUAUUUUCUUGAAUA